AACGUUUGCAGUUGCUUGUGUUGGGGCGGCGGCGGCACCUUUGACGUUCCCUUUCCCCACGUGACAGUCGGCCUCGCUUCAUUCCAGGCAGGGAGGGAGGUGCUGCUGCCUCCGCUUCUGCAAAGCUUUGGGGGAGUCGCGAGCUCAGGAGGAGCAGUGGCGUCGGAAAAGAGCCCUUUCCGCAUUGUUUAUGUGAUGAACGAGCCUCGCUUCCUGCCGUCUGCUGCCGGCUGACAGAGUCCGCUCCAGGGGCCAGGCAGAAAGGAGGAAGAAAGCUGCCGCUGUGUAGUGAGUGACCUUGGCCCGGGAGGGGCAAAUUGCUCUACAAAAGAUUUGUCAAGGAAUCAAACCACUGAGACAUGGCACAAGGAAAUAAUUAUGGGCAGAGCAGCAAUGGGGUGGUUGAUGAAUCUCCAAACAUGUUGGUGUACAGAAAGAUGGAGGAUGUCAUAGCACGUAUGCAAGAUGAAAAAAAUGGGAUUCCCAUUCGGACAGUUAAAAGCUUUCUAUCCAAGAUUCCCAGUGUCUUUUCUGGUUCAGACAUUGUUCAAUGGUUAACGAAGAAUUUAUCUAUAGAAGAUCCAGUGGAAGCUCUUCAUUUGGGAACGUUAAUGGCUGCCUAUGGAUAUUUCUUUCCUAUCUCAGACCACGUUCUAACACUCAAGGAUGAUGGUACCUUUUACCGGUUCCAAACACCUUAUUUUUGGCCAUCCAAUUGUUGGGAGCCGGAAAACACAGAUUAUGCGGUUUACCUCUGCAAGCGAACAAUGCAAAACAAAGCACGGCUUGAGCUAGCAGACUAUGAAGCAGAGAGCUUGGCCAGGUUACAGCGAGCAUUUGCACGGAAAUGGGAGUUUAUUUUUAUGCAAGCAGAAGCACAAGCAAAAGUGGACAAGAAAAGGGACAAGAUAGAAAGGAAAAUCCUCGAUAGCCAGGAGAGAGCAUUUUGGGAUGUACAUCGGCCAGUGCCUGGAUGUGUAAAUACCACUGAAGUGGACAUUAAAAAGUCUUCUCGAAUGAAAAAUCCUCACAAAACAAGGAAGUCUGUCUAUGGAUUACAGAAUGACAUUCGAAGUCACAGUCCCACACACACACCAGUGCCAGAAACCAAACCACCCACAGAAGAUGAAUUGCGUCAAGAGAUAAAGUAUUGGCAAAUACAGCUAGAUAGACAUCGAUUAAAAAUGUCAAAAGUUGCUGAAAGUCUAUUAGCUUACACUGAGCAGUAUGUGGAAUAUGACCCAUUUCUUGUGGCACCUGACCCAUCUAAUCCCUGGUUAUCAGAUGAUACCACUUUCUGGGAAGUAGAAGCAAGUAAGGAGCCAAGUCAGCAAAGGGUAAAACGAUGGGGCUUUGGCAUGGAUGAAGCCCUGAAAGACCCUGUAGGAAGAGAGCAGUUCCUGAAAUUCCUGGAGUCUGAAUUCAGCUCAGAAAAUUUGAGGUUCUGGUUAGCAGUAGAAGAUUUGAAAAAGAGACCAAUGCGGGAAGUCCCUGCCAGAGUCCAGGAAAUCUGGCAAGAAUUUCUUGCACCUGGAGCCCCGAGUGCCAUUAACCUAGAUUCAAAAAGUUACGACAAAACUACACAAAAUGUGAAGGAACCUGGCCGAUAUACUUUUGAUGAUGCUCAGGAGCACAUUUACAAAUUGAUGAAAAGUGAUUCAUAUCCUCGUUUUAUACGAUCCAGUGCCUACCAGGAACUACUACAGGCCAAGAAGAAGUUUGGAAACACUAUGGAUCGCCGAACGUCUUUUGAGAAAUUCACACGCAGUGUGGGGAAAUCGCUCACAUCAAAGAGAUUAACCAGUCUAGUGCAGUCCUACUAAAAGGAUCACCUUGUAGCAUGGAAGCAGACGCAAUCAUUAUACAUACUUUGUAGCUCACUAAUUGCCUGAAAUCAGAGGACAGUAGAACAAGAUGUUGCAUGAGCAAGGACCUGACUUGUUUUCUUUUGUGUAUAUCAAGGCAUUACAGAAGCCAAGGGACUCGCUAACCUUUCGAUGCCUCCAUUUUGAAAACUCUCUGCUCACUUUCGCCUUCAUAUCAAGCUGGAUCUGUGUCUUUUUAUUUUUUGCAAGCUCAAGAACAGUGAAAAAAAGCUUCCGCCAGGCACAGUUUAUUUACAAUACUGUCAGUCACAAACUGGAAGAUGUGUAAAACGAAUUUGAAUAUAUUCAUAAAUAUACUUACUAUGGCAUCACAGCUAUUGCACAAUAAAUUAGCACAGAAGGUUCCAUCUCACAGGUGUAUUCAUAUUGAGAAAGAAAGCCAGUGUCUUUGUCUGUUGUCUGUACAUUCUAUGUUAAUGUUUCUUGCAUUUAUUUUUAUACCAUAUUUUAAAAAAAAACACCUUUUACUCCAAAUGUAUUAAAGUUGAUCCUUUCUCUGUAAAUUUGUGUAUGUUUAUAUUGUUGUUUUAUCUUUCAUUAAAAUAUGCAGAAUCUC